AUGUAUGUGAGGAAUAAAGAUGAAGUGUCAGGAAGAGGGACAGAGGCAGGGAUCAGGAGGCAGAGGAGACUCCAGCUGGACCACAUGAUACCUGUUACAUCCUCAGGCCUAUAUGUGAAGAAUAUGCAGAAAUAUGGCAAACAUGAGUACGAUAUUGCAGAAAGCAGAGCAGAGUAUCUCGCAGACAGCAGUCACCCUAUUUCAGCCGAUAUGAUGUCUAAGCUAAGGGCCAUUGGUUCAGGAAGCCCCAUGCUGUCUGAUGUCGCCACAAAACGGCCCCUAAAAUAUUCCGUUCUCCAUGUUCGGCUUGAUCCACAGGCGGAUCAGUGUCCGAGUCCCACAGCUAACAGUCCCGAGCCCCCUCCAAGGAAACCCGCGUUCACUCGCUCGGGCUCGAUCCGCUACCAGGAGAGCGAGGUCUCACCGGAGGGCAAUGACAAGCCUGCAGGGAAGAGGAAGUUCAAAAGCAAGCACUUGGGUGAUGAUGAGCAAAAGAUUAAGACCAAACGCAGCAGCUUGGGCAAGCGUGCAGCAUCACUUCCCCUGGAGGAUGAUGGUGUGGAUAUCAAAAGAACAGCAAGCCCCCCACCAACUCCAAAAAGUUUGCCAUUAUCUCCAUCAACUAAGAAAGGCUCGUCGGGCAGAAUCAGCGGCUCUGAGUCUCCGCCCAAAAAACCUGUUCCUCCUGAGGUCCGUCGGCUGAUUGUCAAUAAAAAUGCCGGGGAGACUUUGCUGCAGCGGGCCGCACGCUUGGGCUAUCAGGAUGUGGUUCAGUACUGUCUUGAAAAGGACAUCAGGGAGGUAAACCGGCGCGAUAAUGCCGGUUACACGGCUCUCCAUGAGGCGUCCUCCAGAGGCUGGACUCAGAUCGUCCAGAUGCUGCUGCAACACGGCGCGGACGUCAACUGUAGCGCUCAGGACGGGACACGGCCGCUUCAUGAUGCCGUAGCGAGUGAUAACCUCCCCAUCGUCUGGCUGCUCCUGAACCACGGUGCGGACCCCACUCUGGCCACCUACUCUGGACACACUCCCGUCAAACUGGCUCACAGCCCCAGCAUGAAGACCUUCCUCACAGAAUAUUUCACAGAUCUGGAAGGCCGCAAAGAACCGGAUUCCAGUUUACCCUGGGAUUUCUUCAGUAGCUCCCUGUUCGAGACGGAGCAGGAGCCGUGCUGGGACUUCCUGUUGUCUGAGGAGCAUCAGGAUCUGGAGGAGGAGGCACCAGGAAAAACUGAUCCGGACUCGGACAAAGACUGCCUGGUGUUUGAAUUCUCCUCCGAGCCUCUCUUACCCUGCUAUCAUGUGCAGGUGUCACUAACCCAAGGCUUUUGCAACUGGUUCCUCCUGACGGACGUCCUGAAGCGUCUAAAGAUGUCGGCACGGAUCUUCCGGGCGCGUUACCCGCAGCUGGAGUUGGUGAACCUGUCUCGCACUGAGCUCUCAAAGCAGGUCUCGAUCAGCCAGGUGAGCGCCGCCUUGGCUUCGCCUCAAAAAGGCAAAAAGGAGGAGGAAGAGAAGGAAGAGGAAGAUGAGGGACUUGUAGAUCUGGUGCGAUGUGUACCAGAGCUCCAGAGACUCCUGGGCUCCUCCCUCCACAUCCUGACGGAGGAUGAGGAGCAGGAGACGCUGAUAGACACGGGGAAGCAUGGCAGCCGAUAGCCUCCCUCUCACAGCACUCUUCAACGUGCAAACUGUUGUCAACCCGAGUCCUUCCUGCCAGCAGCAGCCAGAGGAAACCUCUCCGUCCGAUGUCACAUGGGUCAAGGGUUUUAACUCCAGUCACGACACUCCACCUCUAACCUUUGACCUCAGACAGAAGGUGAUUAAGUGAUCACAAAGACCUGCACAUGGGAGUGGUCGGUGCUGGAAAGCAGCUUUCAGGUUCCUAUCUAUAGGUAUAUUUGAAUACACAAACUAUUGAGCAGACCUUUUGUAUUGAUCAUGUAUGUACAUGGUAGUGUAUAUGUAUAUCUUGCCACCAGGGUUAAAACAUUUGGUUAUAUAAAUGUAUUCUAGUGGCAAAGGACAAAUUAUGUUUAGGAGGGGUUUUUUUGUUCCUGAGGAAAAGUAUUGUUUUUCUUCGAUGGGAUACAAACCAAGGCUUUUAUCUUGGUGAACUCUUGGAGCUAAGACUUUAAAGUCAGGGAGGCCUCUGGCCCGGAUGAUCCUCUGUCAACCUAGGAGACCUGGAGACCUGCAGAGAGAGACGACGGCACAUAAUACUCAGACACAAUCAUUUCCAUUGUUACCCUCUGUUUCAUUUUUCACUUUAUGACAUCAUUACCGGACAGACCUAAGUAGCUUAUGGUGUUUACUUUUCUUUGACAUUUCACAAAGUCAAGGCAGGCAGCGCUGAGGCCGUCCCUGCUCGCAGUAUGAAAUCAUGUUUUUUUGGACCUUGAUAUUAAGAGUUUGUUUACAGAGUUGGACAGAUGGCAGGGCUCUCCGGUCCCCAGGUUGCACUCCUCAUGAACUCAUACAGAAUCCUGUGGAUCUCUCUCAGAGGAAAAGUAGUCCCACCUCUGCGUCCAGAGCCCUCUCAACUGCAGCCACAUCCUGAUAUGGUGUCCCCAGAUCCCAGAGUGCUUUGUGUUGCAGUGUUUUAUUUACACUGUUUGUUGUGCUUCAUUUAAUAGUCAUUAAUAUAUUUGACCUCUUGUGUAUCGGACGAGCCUGUCUGUGAGAUGAGUUGCUUUGUAUGGUCGGUGCUUCAUUUUGAAAUGUACUUAUUAUUAGGAUCCCUUUAUUCUGAGAUUUUUCUCCCUCAUUUAAGAACAGUAUUUCUCAACAAAAAAAGCUAAAGUACAGUUUUAUUGUACUGGUGCUAAGACAGAUUUUGUGUUGACAAUCAAUGAUGUUUUGGUUUGAAGUCACAAACUAAUAAAAGAUAUUUAAGAUGAAGAGACUUAAGGUGUAAAGAAAAGUAUAGUUUAGUUACAGAAAACGGGAUACAGCACGACUGAACGACUGAGCAGUGUGUGAAGAGCCUUUUAUUUGAUUCUUUUUUUAAGAAAUCAACAAGAAUAAAGCAUGAUUGUGAAUCAUC